UGUCACUUGAUGUCUAGUCUUUCUGUUGAGGUGCACUCGGAUUGACCACUCCUUUGGGCUUAUUUCGUGGAUAUUAUUAAGGGGGAUAACUAAUCCACAAGCCUAAUCAUGACUGACGCACAACAAGAGGCCCGCUCAUACCUGAGCGAGGAGAUGCUGGCCGAGUUCAAGGCUGCCUUCGACAUGUUCGACAGCGAUGGUGGCGGUGAUAUCAGCACCAAGGAGUUGGGUCAGGUCAUGAGGAUGUUGGGCCAGAACCCAAGCAGAGAGGAGUUGGAAGAAAUCAUUGAGGAGGUCGAUGAGGACGGCAGCGGUUCCAUCGACUUCGAGGAGUUCUUGGUCAUGAUGGUGAGACUGCUUAAAGAGGAUCAGGCUGGCAAAUCUGAGGAAGAGUUGGCAGAGUGCUUCCGUGUCUUCGACAACAACGGUGACGGUUACAUCGACAGGGAGGAGUUCGCUGCCAUCAUCCGCAGCACUGGCGAGCAGGUGUCAGAAGAGGAGAUUGAUGAGCUGCUCAGGGAUGGUGACAAAAACAAUGAUGGCAUGCUGGACUUUGAUGAAUUCCUCAAGAUGAUGGAGAACGUGCAGUAAAUAAUAAACUCACGGACAUUCCUCUUCCCCAUUACCCCCCCUGCCGUACCCAAACUCAUGCCUUUUUUUUCUCAUGCCCUUACGCCCAAGCCCACUGCCUCCUUCCUCUCCCAUCUUGACACAGCUAGGCCUCAACAGACAAGACUGACACCCGGAUGGGGCUAAGCAAACACUCCGGGGGUCACGGUUUUAAUGUGACACAAGAGUUAAUGAAGUUGCUUUUGAUGUGAUCCGCAUGUUCAACCGCCCGAGGAGCCCAAGGUUGUGACAGCCCCCCUCACGGGGACAGCGCUCAUGACAUCAGGAGCGUACGCCAUCGAAAACUACAAAUAAAUGCCCUUAACACUGCCGGGCAUUUAGUUCUAGAUGACAUAGUCUAGAUCCUGCAGCAAGCUAUCGCUGCUUAGACCAAUGCCAGCCACACCGAUUUCGUCGUAACACAUAAAUGCUUGAUGGUAACAAAAUAAAUAAAAAUAAACCAUUCACAUGUUUAGUUGGUCUAAUGUUUGAUGGUUGUAUGGUUUUGUUUGAGGAACAUUAAUAAACAUGCUAUAUUUUUUUUUC